GAGGGAAUCGCUCAGGAAUACCGGAGAGGACGGACGCGACGCAGCCACACGCUCCUCAAACGCGCCUUUUACAGAUACACGAGACAAUUCCAAAGUUAUCAGACCGAGUUCAUACGAGUAUUAAAGCAUCAUGCCCGCGACAGAGAAAGACCUGGCGGACGACGCGCCGUGGAAGAAGAUCCAGCAGAACACCUUCACGCGCUGGUGUAACGAGCACCUGAAGAGCGUCAACAAACGCAUCGCGGACCUGCAGCUGGACCUGAGCGACGGACUGAGACUCAUCUCGCUGCUCGAGAUACUGAGCCAGAAGAAGAUGUACAGAAAAUAUCACGCCAGACCCACCUUCAGACAGAUGAAGCUGGAGAACGUGUCCGUGGCGCUCGAGUUCCUGGACCGGGAGAACAUCAAGCUCGUGUCCAUCGACAGUAAAGCCAUCGUGGAUGGCAAUCUGAAGUUGAUCCUGGGUCUGGUGUGGACCCUCAUUCUCCAUUACUCCAUCUCCAUGCCCGUGUGGGAGGAUGAGGACGACGGCGAAGCCAAAAAACAGACGCCCAAGCAGAGAUUGCUCGGCUGGAUCCAGAACAAAGUGCCCGACCUUCCCAUCACUAACUUCAGUCAGGACUGGAGCAACGGCAGGGCUCUGGGGGCUCUGGUGGACAGCUGCGCUCCAGGACUGUGUCCUGACUGGGAGAUCUGGGAUGCAAAGAAGCCGGUGGAAAACGCCACAGAGGCCAUGCAGCUGGCUGACGACUGGCUCGGGAUUCCACAGGUUAUCGCUCCCGAGGAGAUCAUUGACCCCAGCGUGGACGAGCAGUCCGUCAUGACGUAUUUGUCUCAAUUCCCCAAAGGCAAACUCAAAUCUGGAGCUCCUCUGAAACCCAAACUCAACCCCAAGAAGGCUCGUGCGUACGGUCCAGGUAUCGAGCCGACAGGUAACCGGGUGAUGCGUCCGGCCGUCUUCACGGUGGACACGUACAGCGCGGGUCAGGGACAGGUCACGGUUUAUGUCGAAGACCCAGUGGGCCUUAGAGAGGAGAUCAAACCCAUGCUGAAUGAAAGCAAGAAGACUUACAGCGUGACCUACACCCCACAGGUCACGGGACCUCACAAGGUGACUGUGCUUUUCGCCGGCCAGCAAAUUCCAAAGAGUCCGUUUGAGGUGAAUGUGGAUAAAGCGCAGGGAGACCCCACGAAAGUGACGGCUAAAGGCCCUGGACUAGAGCCACUGGGCAACAUCGCCAACAAACCCACAUACUUUGACAUCUACACUGCAGGAGCUGGGGUGGGCGACGUGACGGCUGUGAUUAAAGACCCUCAGGGCAACAAGAACACGGUUGAGGUGGUGAUGGAAGACAAGGGUGAGAGCGUCUACCGCUGCACCUACAGACCCGUGCAGGCUGGACCUCACAUCAUCAACAUCACGUUCGGAGGCAUCGCUAUUCCCAAGAGUCCUUUCACUGUUAACAUCGGUCCAGCGUCUGUUUCCAGCGCGUGCCGUGCCACAGGACGAGGUUUACAGCCCAAAGGUGUCAGAGUUCGACAGGUGGCAGAUUUUAAGGUGGACACUCGUAACGCUGGAAGCGGAGACAUAAAGGUCACUGUCAAAGGACCCAAAGGCCUGGAGGAGCCCGUAAAACAGAAAGACGCCUCAGACGGAGUUUACUCUUACGAGUACUAUCCAAACACACCUGGUAAAUACACGGUCACCAUCACCUGGGGCGGACAGCACAUUCCCAAGAGUCCUUUUGACGUUCACGUGGGCUCUGAAGCCGGACCGCAGAAGAUUCGUGCGUGGGGUCCGGGUCUGGAGGGGGGUGUUGUGGGACGCUCUGCAGACUUUGUGGCUGAAUCCAUCGGGACUGAUGUUGGAGUGCUUGGUUUUGCCAUCGAGGGUCCGUCUCAGGCCCGGAUCGAGUGUGAAGAUCAGAACGAUGGAUCGUGUAAUGUGUGUUACUGGCCCACGGAGCCGGGCGAGUAUGCCAUCCACGUCAUGUGCGAUGAUGAAGAUAUUGAAGACAGUCCCUUCAUGGCCUUCAUCGUCCCUGACGACAAAACCAACAACGCCGGCCAGGUCCGGGCAUAUGGACCAGGACUGGAGAAGUCCGGCUGUAUCAUAAACAAGCCGGCCGAGUUCACCAUCGACGCUGGAGACGCUGGACACGGACCACUGAAAAUCCUCGCACAGGACGCUGAUGGUGCACCUGUCGACGUGAAGGUGAGAAGCAAAGGAGAGAACGUCUACUCCUGCUCGUACACUCCGACGUCGGCUGUCAAACACACGCUGGCUGUGACGUGGGGAGGGGUCAGUGUACCCAAGAGCCCCUUUAGGGUGAAUGUUGGGAAGGGAAGUCAUCCACACAAAGUGAAAGUGUUCGGUCCGGGUGUGGAGAAAACUGGAUUGAAAGCUCAAGAGCCGACACACUUCACCGUGGACUGUACGGAGGCCGGUGAAGGUGACGUCAGCGUUGGAAUCAAAUGCGACGCAAAGGUUAUAAGCGAUAAGGAGGAGGAUGUUGAUUUUGACAUCAUUCCCAACGCUAAUGACACCAUCACGGUCAAAUACAUUCCUCCCGGAGCCGGACGCUUCACUAUCAAAGUCCUCUUCGCCGAUCAAGAAAUUCCUGUGAGCCCGUUCCGUGUUAAAGUGGACCCUUCACACGAUGCCUCGAAAGUGAAAGCAGAGGGUCCGGGACUCGCCCGAGCAGGUGUGGAAAGUGGAAAGCCGACUCAUUUCACGGUUUACACUAAAGGAGCGGGUAAAGCUCCUGUGGAUGUGCAGUUUUCGGGCCCUAACAAAGGACAACCUGUUCAAGACUUUGAGAUCAUUGACAACUAUGACUAUUCACACACUGUGAAGUACACACCGCUCCAUCGGGGAGAGAUGGUGAUAACCGUGACCUUCGGCGGUGACCCUAUUUCCAAAAGCCCCUUCGCUGUGGGUGUCGCUGCUCCGCUCGACCUCGGCAAGAUCCAAGUGGACGGCCUGGAAAGCCGGGUGCAGGUCGGUCAGGACCAGGAGUUUGUCAUUGGCACACGAGGAGCAGGUGGACAGGGUAAACUGGAAGUAAAGAUCGCCAGUCCGUCAGGAAUAUCUGUGCCAUGUGCGGUUGAAUCUCAGCCUGGAAAAGAAGCCAAUCUGGUGAAGUACAUCCCUAAAGAAGAGGGGGUUUAUGUCAUUGAGGUUGUCUAUGAUGGCAACCCGGUGCCAGGAAGUCCAUUCGCUGUUGAAGCCAUGCUGCCUCCUGACCCCAGCAAGGUCAAGGCCUUUGGUCCAGGGUUGAAAGGGGGUCUUGUGGGUAAACCUGCCGAAUUCGCUAUUGACACCAAGGGUGCGGGCACCGGGGGUCUCGGUCUGACCGUCGAGGGUCCCACCGAAGCCAAAAUCGAGUGUUCGGACAACGGCGACGGCACCUGCUCCGUGUCGUACCUCCCCACCGAACCUGGAGAAUACCUAGUCAACAUUCUCUUCGAGGAUGUUCAUAUUCCCGGCUCGCCCUUCCACGCUGAGGUCCAGUAUCCGUUUGAUCCCACCAAGGUGGAGGCGUCCGGUUCGGGUCUGAAGAGAGGUAAAGUGGGAGAGAUAAGCGUGGUGAAUGUUGACUGCUCUAAAGCUGGACCGGGACAGCUGACGCUGGAAGCCGAAUCUGAUUCUGGAGCAAAAGCCAAGGCUGAAGUCCUGGAUAAUAAGAACGGAACCUACACGGUCACAUACGUGCCUCUGACGGCAGGAAUGUACACGCUACUGCUGAAGUACGGAGGAAAGACGGUGCCCGGAUUCCCAGCCAAAGUGACUGUGGAUCCGGCUGUAGAUACCAGCAAAGUGAAAGUGUCUGGACCAGGAGUUACAGGACAAGGGGUCUUCAGAGAGGCUACGACUAGCUUCAGCGUGGACGCUCGUGCUUUGAACAGAGCUGGUGGGAAACACAUUAAAGCUCAAGUGAAGAGUCCAUCAGGUGACGAUACAGACUGUGUGAUCAGCGACAACGGCGACGGGACGUACAGCGUGGAAUACACACCGUUUGAGAACGGAGUUCACAGUGUGGCGGUUCUGUACGAUGACACUCCGGUUCCAAAAAGUCCGUUCAAGGUUGAGGUGGGUGAGGGAUGUGACCCCUCGCGUGUCCAAGCCAAAGGUCCGGGUCUAGAAGAAGCCCUGACCGACAAACCCAACAAGUUCUCAAUCAUUACCAGAGGAGCUGGUAUUGGUGGUCUGGGAAUAACCGUAGAAGGUCCAUCAGAGUCUAAAAUGUCCUGCAAAGAUAACAAAGAUGGCAGCUGUAAUGUGGAAUACACACCGUAUGUGGCCGGCCUGUAUGACGUCAACAUCACGUAUGGAGGACAACACAUUCCAGGAAGUCCAUUUAAAGUACCUGUAAAGGAUGUUGUGGACGCCAGUAAGGUGAAGUUAUCUGGACCUGGAGUCGGCUCUGGCGUGAGAGCUAAAAUUCCUCAAUCCUUCACAGUGGACUGUAGUAAAGCCGGCGUCGCUCCUCUGUCUGUGGCCGUGACGGGACCCAAAGGAGUGGCCGAACCGGUUGAUAUUAAAGACAAUGGUGACGGCACACACACUGUUGCCUAUACGCCGUCUGUCGAGGGCCCUUAUUCUGUAGCCGUCAAAUAUGCAGACGAGGACGUUCCGCGCAGCCCGUUCAAGUUUCGCGUUCAGCCCACUCAUGAUGCCAGUAAAGUGCGUGCCAGCGGCCCCGGCCUCACCACCGGUUUCCCGGCCAGCUUUCCUGUGGAGUUCACCAUCGACGCUAAAGACGCCGGAGAGGGUCAGCUGUCGGUACACAUUACUGACCAGGACGGGAAACCCAAGAAAGCCGAGAUCCAGGACAACCGGGACAGAACCUAUAAAGUGUCUUACGUGCCGGACCGGGUGGGUCGCUACACCAUUGUGAUCAAAUACGGCGGCGAUGAGAUCCCGACCUCUCCGUAUCGGGUUCGAGCGUCUACUUCGGGCGACGCCAGCAAGUGCACGGUCACCGGACCCGGCAUCGGGCCGACCAUCGGCAUCGGAGAGGAGGUGGGAUUCGUGGUGAACACUAAAGGUGCUGGGAAAGGAAAAGUGUCCUGCAUCGUGGUCACUCCCGAGGGCACUGAGGUGGAAGCCGACGUCAUUGAGAACGCAGACGGGACCUUUGACAUCUUCUACACGGCACCGAAGCCCGGGACAUACGUUAUUUACGUGCGGUUCGGAGGAGAGAACGUUCCCAGGAGUCCCUUCAGAGUGCUGGCGACUGAUGAAGUUCCCAUGAUGCUACAGCAGUCGGUCCAACAGCAAAAGGCAGCACCAGGCGUCGGCUUCCAGCCCUGGGUCACGGACGGGGCGUACGUACCUGUGAACAGUGUGAAUGGGACGGGAUACAGACCUUUUGAUAUGGUGAUACCCUUUACGUUUAGGAAGGGUGAAUUCACAGGUGAGGUUCACAUGCCGUCAGGUAAAACGGCUGAGCCUGAGAUUGUUGAUAAUAAAGACGGGACGGUGACGGUGAAGUACGCACCUACAGAGGCCGGACUCCAUGAAAUGCACAUAAAAUACAACGGCGCACACAUUCCAGAAAGUCCUCUGCAGUUCUAUGUCAACCAUGCCAAUAGUCCCAGUGUGAGUGCGUAUGGACCGGGUCUGGUGUACGGUACCACCAAUAAAACUGCCAUGUUCACCGUCUACACUGAAGAUGCGUCAGAAGGUGGUCUUGAUCUGGCCAUUGAAGGUCCAUCUAAAGCAGAGAUCAACUGCGUUGAUAAUAAAGACUGCACCUGCACCGUCACAUACCUGCCCACAAUACCUGGAGACUACAACAUCCUCGUCCGAUACAACGACAAACACAUCGCGGGAAGUCCAUUUACAGCCCGCAUCACCGAGGACAAGAAGAGAAAGUCUCAGGUGAAACUCGGCUCGGCUGCAGAUUUCUCUUUGGACAUCAACGAGACGGACCUCAGUCUUCUGACGGCGAGCAUCAAAGCUCCUUCGGGCCGCGACGAGCCCUGUUUACUGAAGAGACAACCCAACAAUCACAUCGGUAUUUCCUUCAUCCCGAGAGAGGUCGGAGAGCACCUGGUGAGCAUCAAGAAGAACGCUCUGCAUGUUGCAAACAGCCCCAUCACUAUUAUGGUGGUGCAGUCGGAGAUCGGAGACGCCGGCAGGGUGAAGGUGUUCGGUCAGGGUCUGGUGGAGGGACGCACCUUUGAGAUGUCCGACUUUGUGGUGGACACACGUGACGCUGGUUAUGGUGGUUUGGGGUUAUCCAUUGAGGGUCCCAGUAAGGUGGACAUUCAGACCGAAGACAUGGAUGAUGGCACCUGUGGAGUCUCAUAUUGUCCUUCUGAACCCGGGACGUACAUUGUGUCCAUUAGGUUUGCAGAGGAACAUGUGCCAGGAAGUCCAUUUAACGUGAAGGUGAUAGGUGAAGGUCGUAUCCGUGAGAGCAUCACCCGUCGCCAGAAAGCAGCUUCAGUCUCCAGUGUUGGAAGUGUUUGUGAUCUCAACCUCAAGAUUCCAGAAAUUGACGUCCACGACGUCACGGCUCAGGUCACCAGCCCGUCGGGGAGCACGGAAGCUGCCGAGAUCGUUGCCGUGGGCAACCACACCUACUGCGUCCGCUUCGUGCCGCGUGAGAUGGGCGUGCACACGGUGAGCGUGAAGUACCGCGGACAGCACGUGCCCGGAAGCCCUUUCCAGUUCACCGUGGGUCCGCUGGGUGAGGGAGGCGCUCGUAAGGUGCGAGCGGGUGGUCCGGGACUGGAGAGAGCGGAGACGGGUGUGCCAGCCGAGAUUAACAUCUGGACACGAGAGGCUGGUGCCGGAGGUCUGUCUGUUGCUGUCGAGGGUCCCAGUCGUGCAGAAAUCUCAUUUGAAGACCGAAAGGACGGGUCGUGUGGCGUCUCUUAUGUAGCUCAAGAACCUGGCGACUAUGAAGUGUCUUUAAAGUUCAAUGACGAGCACAUUCCCGACAGCCCGUAUCUGGUGCCCGUGUGUGCUGCGGUGGACGAUGCCCGUCGACUCACUGUUACCAGUCUUCAGGAAUCGGGUCUGAAGGUGAAUCAGCCGGCGUCAUUCGCUGUUCGUCUGAACGGGGCCAAGGGCAUCAUCGAUGCUAAAGUUCACAGCCCGUCUGGAGCGCUCGAGGAGUGUGUGGUGUCUGAACUCGAGCAAGACAAAUACGCCAUUCGUUUCAUCCCUCGCGAGAACGGGAUCCACAUCAUCGACGUGAAGUUCAACGGCAGUCACAUUCCCGGCAGUCCGUUUCAGGUUCGUGUAGGAGAGCCGGGUCAGGGUGGAGAUGCCGGACUCGUCACUGCUUAUGGAGCCGGUCUGGAGAGAGGAACCACAGGAAACCAGGCCGAGUUUAUCAUCAAUAACACCAAAGCUGGACCGGGAUCUCUGGCCGUGACCAUCGAGGGCCCGUCGAAGGUGAAAAUGGAGUGUCAGGAGUGUCCUGAAGGAUUUAAAGUUCACUACACUCCAAUGGCCCCUGGAAACUACGUCAUCACAAUCAAAUACGGCGGCCCGAACCACAUCACCGGAAGCCCAUUUAAAGCCAAAGUCACAGGUCCCCGGCUGGUGAAUGUGACCAAUGCCAGCGAGACGUCCACCCUGAUGGUUGAGUCUGUGACCCGGUCGAGCCUCCAGAACUCUUACAGCUCAUCACCCAGAGCUUCAUCUGACGCUAGUAAAGUCCUCGGUCGAGGUCCAGGUCUCAGCAAAGCCUUCGUCGGGCAAAAAGCAUCUUUCACAGUGGACUGCAGUAAAGCGGGGAAGAAUAUGCUCCUGGUUGGUGUUCAUGGUCCUCAGACCCCCUGUGAGGAGAUCCUGGUGAAGCACACGGGAAACAUGCAGUACAUCAUCAGUUAUGUGUUAAAGGAGCGGGGAAACUACGUUCUGGCUGUCAAAUGGGGCGACGAGCACAUCCCAGGGUCACCCUUCCAUGUCACCGUCCCAUAAUUCUCAGCAGUUAACUCGAAAUCCUCCUUAGAAAGAGACACUACAGGCAUAUACAGAAGGCAACAAAUUGCUCAGAUCGUCUCAAUUCUGUUGACCUUCGCACUUGAUCAGGUUUUUGACUGGAAUGUGGAUGCAUUAUGAUGGGAAUGUUGACGUGUACAUGUCUUCUGUUGGUUUCGGUUCAGCAUUGCGAGUUUUAUUCAUCGCUUGAAUGUUUAGGAAAUUGAAAUGACCGUGUGUGAACAAAUCGAUGGGGGUUUUUAAACUCGAAUGUCUAAUUACUACUGACACUUCAUUGUCUUUAAUCGUUCUCUUCCUAACAUGCUGUCACUUUUAAUGCACAUACUAUAAUGUUUCUUUAUGUGUUUAAUCCCUUUAUAUGCCACGCUCAUCCAUCAAAACACGUUUGACUAAAUCAAGCACUUCUGUUUAUUGUUAGGGACAUUCAAUUAUUGCAUAUCAAGGUUUAAAUCACUUUCAAUGGAAACACGACCAGAAGACACUAAUAUCUCAUAGCAGCUUUCAGUAAAGUCAUGUUAAUAGUUUAAUGCUCAUCUUUCACAUUCCUCAAACAUGUGUUUGUCUUUUCAUCUCAAUUCUGUUAGUUUUGAUACGCCAGUGGUGAAGUAUUUUGUUUUAAAGGCAAGAGGGGAAAUUUAAUUGUAUUUGUAUUCGAGCCAUUAGUGCCUUAUUGUGAAACACAUUAAUAGAUUUGAUGUACAUUUGCUUAUUAAAACAAACUGGAAUAAAGUGUUAGAACCA